AUGUCUGCAAUGAAAAGAACUAUGAGGCACCUUGAGGACGAUGAGUUGAAUGAACUUGACCACAUCACGGUACUUAUGCUUGGUGAGUACCAGAAGAGGAAGAAUAAGCAACGAAGAAAGAGAGGAGGUUCAGUAUUUGGACAUAAGACUUAUGAUCGUGAUAGAGAAGAGCAUGAUAAAAAAUUAUACCGUGACUACUUCGCUGAAGACCCAAUAUAUCUUGAGAAAUUUUUCAGGAGGCGUUUUCGGAUGAGCCGCCGUCUUUUCAAUCGGAUAGCAGAAGCUGUUGCAAAGCAUGAUGAGUACUUUGUUCAGAAAGAAAAUACUGUUGGUAAGGUUGGUUUUCCUUGUUUGCAGAAUGUGACUGCAGCUUUUAGACAACUAGCUUAUGGUGUUCCAGCAGAUUAUGUUGAUGAGUACUUGCGGAUGGGUGAAAGCACGGCUAUUUUGUGCCUUCGGAAAUUUGUCAAGGCUGUCUGUGAGGUUUUUGGAAAAGAAUGCUUAAGGCCUCCAAAUGAAAAUGAUACAGCUAGGUUGCUUAACAUUGCUGAACAACGUGGAUUUCCUGGAAUGCUUGGAAGUAUUGAUUGUAUGCAUUGGAAGUGGAAAAAUUAUCCAGCAGGUUUACAAGGCAUGUUUUGUGGUCACCAUGCUUUCUUUGGUCUUCCAGGAUCACUCAAUGAUGUCAAUGUUUUGCAUAGAUCUCAUCUUUUUGAUAGACUAACUCAAGGAGAAGCUCCAGCAGUUAACUAUAAAAUUAAUAGGCACAAUUAUGAUAAAGGCUACUACCUAGCAGAUGGGAUCUAUCCUACUUGGUCGACCUUUGUGAAAACAAUUAAAGCCCCGGCAAAUUUGAAGGAUAAAAAUUUUGCUAAAGCACAAGAGUCACAAAGAAAAGAUGUUGAACGUGCCUUUGGAGUGUUGCAGGCUCGCUUUGCCAUUGUUCGAGGGCCAGCAAGGUUUUGGGAUAAAGCAACACUUAGAAAUAUAAUGACAGUAUGUAUCAUAAUGCAUAACAUGAUAAUAGAAGAUGGACGAGACAGUCAUCUUGAGGCACCCUAUGAUAAGAGCGAUGCAGAGACAAAGAAUUGGGUUUCACGUGCUGGGACUUCAAAUUUUACUUCGUUUGUCGACAAGCAUAAAGACAUCCAAGAUCCUCAUAUUCAUGUUCAGAAGGAUCUAGUUGAACAUCUAUGGGAGUGGCAAGACAAACGUUAUGUGGUCAAACAAUAGUUUAGAAUGUUGUCAAUUUUGCACUUUAUCAGAAUACUUUUAAUACUUACUGUGAGCAUUUUACUAUAUUGAACCUUUUGAUUACUAUCAUUCUGUCAUGAGUUCUGGUGUUAUUUAAAGUUACUUGAAAUUCAGUGCCUGAUGUGAGAUUACUCUUUUCAAUUUCGUGUUUCCUGGAA